GACUUUGACAUUUUGACGUUUCAUUUUAUCAACAGCCGUUCAAGAUCGAGCGAAACUUGUACGACAAGUUUGGAAAGUUACUCGUUGUCUCUUGUGUACCGCCCGAUUUAAUCAAAUAAUAGCAAAAUGUCUGACAAAAGUAGCCCAGCAAAAUAUUUCCUAAGCGGUGGUUUUGGCGGUGUCUGUACAGUUUUAGCGGGACACCCAAUGGACACAAUAAAAGUGAGAUUGCAAACGAUGCCCGUCCCAAAGCCAGGUGAAGUCGCUUUAUAUGGUGGAACCUGGGACUGUUUCAAGAAAACAAUCCAGAAAGAGGGUUUCAAAGGCCUCUACAAGGGUAUGUCUGCGCCACUUACCGGAGUAGCCCCAAUAUUCGCGAUUAGUUUCUUAGGAUUCGGCCUUGGCAAAAAACUCGUACAAACGAAAGACGACCAGCCACUCUCCAAGCCACAGCUCUUCGCCGCUGGUGCUUUUUCUGGGAUCUUCACUACGUCUAUUAUGGCUCCUGGUGAAAGAAUAAAAUGCCUGUUACAGAUCCAACAGGGAGGUAAUGUGCCUCAGAAGUACAAUGGCAUGGUUGACUGCGCUCGCCAGCUGUACGCAGAGGGCGGCAUGAAGAGUAUUUACAAGGGCAGUGUGGCCACGAUACUCCGUGACGUGCCCGCUAGUGGAAUGUACUUUAUGACCUACGAAUGGGUGAAAGAGGUGCUUGUGCCGGAAGAUGCUAGUGCUAAAACCAAAGUGAUGGCUACUAUAGUGGCCGGUGGUUGUGCAGGUAUAGCCAACUGGCUUGUUGCCAUGCCGGCUGAUGUUUUGAAGAGUAGGUUACAAACGGCACCUGAAGGUACCUAUCCGAACGGAAUGAGGGAUGUGUUCAAGCAGCUGAUGGAAAGGGAAGGUCCCCGAGCCCUGUACAAGGGUGUCACUCCUGUGAUGAUCAGAGCUUUCCCGGCCAACGCAGCUUGUUUCAUGGGCUUUGAGGUUGCCGUAAAGUUCCUUGAUUGGGUAGCACCCAAUCUUUGAUAACAUUUAUUUACUUGUAAGAGUAUAGGUAUUCAAAUGUAUAUUUUCAAUAAAUUUAAGUAUUAACCUAGAUAAAGAGAAAUGAGUUUAUAUAGUAUCCAUUGUGUAAUAGUGUAUACUUGUUUAUAAUGUUGUUACCUCUGCUUAGAUUUUAUUUUACAUGACAAUAUUAGUGGUUGUGUAAACAAUAGUUUUGAAAUGUCACACAAGUUUAUUAUAUCAAAAUCACAAUUUUCUAUGUUUUAUAAUUUAUACCACUAAUGUUAAUGAUUCUCAAAUCUAGAGAAUUGUUAUUGUAUUAUGGAUGGUAAGGUUGUAAGAGAUUGGCAGGUUGACACUUGUAAAUAAAGUUUUAUUUUCAUUACA